CUCCACUUAGUCCUCUGACUUGAGUGAAGCCACUUCCGGCUUUCUCUGGCGCCUGCCGCAGUUCUCUUCCGGGUGAUGGCGGCCGGUGCCCCGGACGUAGCCCGGGUGAAAACCUCUCUUUUUCUUUCUUCUCCACCUCCUGUGGAUCCUUAGCUUGGGGAAGGCCCCUCUGUGCAGUCAUGCCAAAGAGGAAAGUGACUUUCCAAGGCGUGGGAGAUGAGGAUGAUGAGGAUGAAAUCAGUGUCCCCAAGAAGAAGCUGGUGGAUCCUGUGACUGGGGCAGGGGGUCCUGGGAGCCGCUUCAAAGGCAAACACUCUUUGGACAGCGAUGAGGAGGACGAUGAUGAUGAGGGGUCCCGCAAAUAUGACAUCCUGGCCUCAGAGGAUGUGGAAGGUCAGGAAGCAGCCACACUCCCCAGUGAGGGAGGUGUGCGGAUCACACCCUUCAACCUGCAGGAGGAGAUGGAGGAAGGCCACUUUGAUGCCGAUGGCAACUACUUCCUGAACCGGGAUGCUCAGAUCCGAGACAGCUGGCUGGACAACAUUGACUGGGUGAAGAUCAGGGAGCGGCCACCUGAUCAGCACCCGCCGUCUGACUCAGAGGAAGAGGACAGCCUGGGCCAGACCCCAAUGAGUGCCCAAGCUCUCCUGGAGGGCCUUCUGGAGCUGCUAUUGCCAAGAGAGACAGUGGCUGGGGCACUGAGGCGUCUGGGGGCCCGAGGAGGAGGCGGCAAAGGGGGCAGCAAGGGGGCUGGGCGGCCUAGUUCCCCCCAGCGCUUAGAUCGGCUCUCCGGGUUGGCUGACCAGAUGGUGGCCCGGGGCAACCUUGGUGUAUAUCAGGAGACAAGGGAACGGUUAGCCAUGCGGCUGAAGGGGUUGGGGUCCCGGACCCAGGGACCCCCUGAACCCACGCCCCCACCCUCUCUGGACAUGUUUGCUGAGGAAGUGGCAGAGGGGGAGCUGGAGACUCCAACCCCUACCCAGAGGGGAGAAGCAGAGUUGCCGGGAGAUGGUCUGGUGGACGUGAUGUGGGAGUAUAAGUGGGAGAACACGGGAGAUGCUGAGCUUUACGGGCCCUUCACCAGCACCCAGAUGCAGACCUGGGUGAACGAAGGCUACUUCGCAGAUGGUGUUUAUUGCCGGAAGCUGGACCCUCCCGGUGGACAGUUCUACAACUCCAAACGCAUUGACUUUGACCUCUACACCUGAGCCUGCCGAGGGCCCAGUUUGGUGUCCCCUUCUUUCCUGGACUCUCUGGAGGAGGCCCCAGCUGCCUCAGGCAGUGAGGAUUUUGGGGGCCAUUUUUCAGUCAAUUUUCCUUUCCCAAUAAAAGCCUUUAGUUGUAUAUCAGGGCCUUGGCUGUGCUGAUGGCCAGAAGCCAAGGCCCUUCGUAGCCCCUUUGGACUCGCCUCAUGAGUGUUUCCUCAUGAAGUCCCUUCUUGGGAGUUUCUGGUCACUUGAACCACCUCACCUUUGUGUACCACUCCUGGGGCAGAGCCAGGGUUCCCAGGUGGCCUGUGGCGGCCCCACCUUCACUGUGCUCACCAUGUAAAAAAUCCCUUUGCUCACGUGCUGUUCUCCAGUAUUCUCGGAGCAGGCUUCCUGUUUUGCUGUUCUUAGGCUUCGGCUUUUAGAACCCCAGCGUCUGUCUUUGCGGCCAGUAAAAGAUAGAGCACCAGAA